AUGUUCAACGAGUUAGAAUACGGGAUCGCAGAGAAGGAGGUGUUGGCAUUGUUGCGGAUCCUGGAUUUCAACUAUAAUACUUUGGUUAGGAGACUGAUCCGAGUGGCGACGCGACAUUCUAUACUGACUUGGCUGUUUAGAUCUACUGCAUUACAAGGUCGCCUGGGACAGUGGGUCAUUUUGCUUUCACCCUGGGUCCUUGAGAUCGUCAAGUGUAACAAGAGCGAGGAUGAGAUCAUGGGCACAUUAGCAGCCAGUAUCACCCCCAGAUCCGAAGUCGACAAAGCGCUGAUCUCGAUCGCCCCGAAGAUGGAGCCGAGGCGCAAGAUCCAACCCCCGAUCCCGAUAGUGAGGCCGGAUGAGGAUCUAUAUGUCGCUAGCAUUGACGGAUCCGCCCGUGUCAAGCGAGGUGGAGGUGUCUAUAGCUCGAUCCUGUGGAAACUACCUGAGAGGACUGCGCUGAAGGCUAGAUCCGGCUAUGCCGAAGGCUUAACUGUCAAUGAAGCGUAUAUCAUGGCAUUUUGGGCGGACCCGUUACGACUUGUGAUCUGUGGCGACCCAAACUUGGUGAUCCGCCAAAUCGACUGCAAGGCGCCUGGACUGACACUACUAAGCCGGAAAGCGUUGGACAGACUCCGGAUCCGGCCGGAUCAUGAGCUGGUUCAUGUGAAGCGAGAUUGGAACGGAAAUGCAGAUAGUCUGGCUAGUGCUGCACUGCAGCGACAAUGUGGGGUCGAGAUCGAAACCGAUAGUGAGAUCCAGGAUCUGAUCACGUUGAACCGACUCGACGGGAUCCUGAUAGUGAAAUCUGAAGAUCCGGCAGUGCAGAUCGCGGCUGGAACAACUCCGAUCCGGCGCGAGAUCGUGAUCCAACCCCCAUGGGAUGUGUGA